UAAAUGAAACCGGAAGUGGUAAUCUCGAAGCCAGCCACUGAAGAUGGAUCGGGAGGCGAGAACAUCGUGGAGGCCGCCGCGAUCAUGUGAGGACUACCUGAGUGAGUUCAGACACUGCAAAAGUUUCAGCAAUCGUUUUCACCACUAUUAUGCCUACGGUUUCUUUCCAUCCUGUCGCCAGUGGAAAGAGGACUACUAUAACUGCAGUGAGUGGGAGAAGAACAAACACGCAGAAGCUAAGGAAGCGUUGCAGAAAAGUGAGCGGAGUCGAGUGGCAGAGCAAAGAAACUUUACUCCUGUGUGGAAACUGAGGCGGGAGCCUCCAAGAGACUGGCACAUGCCUUUAARCCAUGAAAGCCCACAGAACUCCUGAAGUGCUUUGUGAACUUUCACAUUUUAUUAAAGCCAGAGAGUGUCUGCACUGAGAAGCUAGGGGAUCAGGUUUUACGUUAAUAUUCCUGAUGUGAGAGGUUUGGGUUGUGUUUCUGUGGGUAGAACUUGAUGUUGCACUUGGAAGACUUUAUGUAAGGUGGUGUCAAGGUGCAGAKUAGCUGGGAAGCAUUUCAACUGUUUGCCAUGAUAACUAAUGWUGCCAAAUACACUGUUCUUGAUGAAUUAUUGUUCUGUGAUGGACUGAAUUCAAUGGUGUGGAUUCAGCAUUGUAAAAUAACUCCUAAAUACAAUGUAUAAAAAAUGCAAAGAAACUUGAUUAAUAAAAAACACUUAAUUUGUAUCUUU